AAUGUGCAAAUGCACCCGCCGUUUGACCUUUCCAUGUUUCAUAUCAAACGUUAAUUAUACUGAUGACGAUGAGUGAGAAGAGAGACGCCGGAAAAUUCGGCCGCCGGGGCUUCACGGCAGCGGAGAUGGAAUCACUGGCGGCCGUGUGCGAGACACUCUUGCCGCCUCUUUCGCCGGAAUAUUCCCCCGACGGCGAAGAUGACCAUCCAAACAAAGAGGCUCUCCGGUCAUUCUACUCAGAUUCUGGGUCUAAGUCUCACGUUCUUCACCAGGGCGUAGAGUUAAUCACGAGAAGAGGGCUGAUAGAAGCCGUGCUUGUGGUGAGACUAGUUUUACUUCUACUGUCCUCCAGGCUCGGAACUCUGCUUCUCUGCGGGACCCACUGUCUGGUCCCGAACUGGCCUUUUGUCGAAAGAUUCGGAAGCCUCUCGUUGGAGAAGAGGGAAAGGGUCCUUCAGAAAUGGUUCAGAAACCGGCUUCUGGCUCCCAUCAGACUCGCCUUCGUCUACAUCAAAGUCGUUUUUCUCUACUGUUUCUUCUCUUGGGUCGGUCCGAAUGGUGAAAACCCGGCAUGGGAAGCCAUAGGGUAUCGGGUGAACCUCGAAGAGAGCAAACCCUCCAACAUUAUGAAAGAGAGACCUCUUGAGAAAGGGAUGGUGGAGACAGUGAAAGAGACAGACUCAACUCUUCCCAAGUCACUGUCGGAGAAAGGGCUCGAGGUAAUGUCUGGUUCGAACCAUGAUCCUAUCAAGAUCAAAUGUGACGCUGUGAUUGUUGGUUCGGGUUCAGGGGGAGGAGUGGCGGCCGCUGUUCUUGCGAGUGCCGGUCUAAAAGUGGUGGUUCUCGAGAAAGGAACAUACUUUGCACCUUCUGAGUACUCUCCUUUUGAGGGCCAUGGAUUUGAUCAGUUGUAUGAAUCAGGAGGUGUCCUCCCAACCGUUGAUGGAAAUGUCAUGAUCUUAGCUGGGGCAACCGUAGGUGGGGGCUCAGCCGUGAACUGGUCGGCAUGCAUCAAAACCCCUGAACCUGUGCUUCAAGAAUGGUCUGAAGAUCACAAGAUCCCGCUUUUCGGGACUCAAGAAUAUGGCUCGGCCAUGGAAGUUGUCUGGAAAAGGAUCGGUGUUACUGAGAAAUGCAGACAAGAGAGUUUUCAGAAUCAAGUUCUCAGAAAAGGGUGUCUGAAUCUCGGGCUAAAAGUGGAGAAUGUGCCACGAAACUCGUCAGAGAAUCAUUAUUGUGGAUCGUGUUGCUAUGGCUGCAGACAAGGGGAUAAACAAGGAAGCGACCGAACAUGGCUAUUAGAUGCAGUGAAUCACGGGGCUGUUAUUUUGACAGGAUGUGAAGCCGAGAGACUGAUACUAGAAAAGAACAUAAAUAAAGGUGUCGGUGCUAAGAAAAUGAAAUGUUCGGGAGUGAUGGCGAAAUCUUUAAACGGGAACAUCUCAAAGAAACUGCAGAUCGAAGCCAAAGUAACAGUUGUGGCAUGUGGGGCUAUUUCAACACCUCCAUUGAUUAUCAAAAGUGGUUUAAAGAAUCGAAACAUAGGCCGAAACCUUCAUCUGCAUCCUGUUCUAAUGGCAUGGGGGUACUUCCCCGAAAAAGAAACCUCUCAUCUCAAGGGAAAGAUCUACGAGGGCGGGAUAAUGACGUCAGUAAACAAGGUCUUGUUGGCAAAAGAUUCUGAAGUUAGAGCCAUCAUAGAAACACCAGCGAUGGGACCGGCCUCAUUCACUGCCAUAUGUCCAUGGAUUUCGGGACUCGACAUGAAGAAGAGAAUGACAAAGUAUUCAAGAACCGCUCACCUGAUAACGAUAGUGAGAGAUCGCAGGUCUGGAGAGGUCAUGGCAGAGGGAAGGAUAAGAUAUACCUUGGACAAAACCGACAAAGAGAAUAUCGUUGCGGGACUGAGACAGUCACUGAGGAUACUGAUAUCGGCAGGAGCAGUGGAAGUGGGCACUCACAGAAGCGACGGGCAAAGAUUAAAAUGUAAAGGGAUUGACGAGGAAACGAUCGAGGCGUUCUUAGACACGGUUACUGCAGAGGACGGGCCGGGUUCUUACGCUGAGAAAUGGGCGGUGUAUGCAUCAGCUCAUCAGAUGGGGAGUUGCAGGAUAGGAGAAAAUGAAGAAAAGGGUGCUCUUGAUCUAAAUGGAGAGAGCUGGGAAGCGAAAGGACUGUUUGUGUGUGAUGGAAGUGCUUUGCCAAGUGCACUUGGAGUUAACCCGAUGAUCACAAUCAUGGCCACAUCUUAUUGCAUCUCCACCGGAAUCGUCAAGUCCUUGAAAGGAAGGUCCAAAGCUUAAAAUUUGAUAUAGCUGAAUGUUGUGCUGAAUUGUGAGUGGUUUCUACUAAUGUCAAUGCCUUUUAAUGCAGCAGAAAUUUUGUUAUAUUCAAUUACUUAGCAUUAUUUUGCA